CUUGCUGGCAUGGACACUGUUGAGGCAAUAGUGAAUGUAUUCCUGCAUCCAUUACGUAGAUUUACACUGAAAUUAUGAAGUAUUUAUCAUCGGAAAGGGAAAAUAUGCUUUAUAACAUCUGGUUACAAUAAUUUGGACACUGGACAAUUGCUGAAGGCUCUGGAAACAUUUAGCACAACCAGGUUGAGCGGGUCGUUUGAAUUGUUGGUCUCAGCUGUUCGUUGUUUUGGAUAUGACCGACUGAACCUUGGUAUAGCUGAGAUAACCUUCAAACUUCUAUUGGGUGGAGGAUUAAUAGGUCUUAUGUACUUCUACCUUCUCCCAGAAACUAGUUUAAGUUUUGCAUACACAUAAAUCAUUUGUGGACCUUUGAUGAAUUCUGAGUUUGUUGGUGUAGCUGCAGUUAGAAGUGCUGAAGGUGGACCUACUGGCGUCAUAAAAAAUCAGCAACUCCAUCCUAGCGAUUCUUCGCGUUGUGUACCAAACGACACCUCAGGUGAAGUAGAUUGCACGCCUGGAGUACCUUCACUAACAAACCAUACACAAGAAGCCAAAAGGAAAAGUACUAAGCUGUCAUCCAAACACCAAAAUGUCAUCAAAAUGGAGGAGUUAUCUACACGUCCUCAACCUCCAUGUUCUGUUAGAUUGAUUGACGAAGAAGAACGCAUUCUGUUUGAUGAUGCGGACUCUUUGGCUUGGAGUUUGGGUUGUCCUGUUGACAGAACUGUAAAGCUGAUUGCAAUUGUUGGCAAUACAGGUGAUGGUAAAUCACACACACUAAACCAUGCAUUUUGUGGCGGUGCAAAUGUAUUUGUUACUUCAGCUUCUCAAGUCACAUGUACAAUUGGGAUAUGGGCAGCCUAUCUUCCCAAAGAGGGUUAUCUUCUCAUAGAUACUGAAGGUUUGCUUGGUGCCAGCCCUAAUCCUAAUCGACAACGACGCCUAUUGCUGAAAGUGUUUGCAUUAGCCGACGUUGUUAUAUUUCGUACUAUGUCUGAUCGUCUUCAUAGUGACAUGUUCACUUUCCUGGCAGAUGCUAGCGAUGCGUUUUCAGAACAUUUUCGUCCAGAUUUGGAGGCAUUAGCCGGACGAACUGGUUUACCAUGGACACCUGGUCAACUAGGUCCAGUCGUUGUUGUAUUUCAAGAGACCCAGCAUACUUUACCACUAGAUGAGCCUCGUGCAAUGGCUUCAGGGAAUAAUACUACAUGCAAUGAUCGUCUGGGAUCUGCUGAACCAUCUAACGAAAGGAUGUCUGCUUUAAGCUCCAGAUUUUUGACAGAACGUCUUGUGGCGAUGAGACGUAAUGCUAAUGCAUUCUCUUCACUUGUUUAUGUUGGGACACAGACUAAAGUUCCACCAACAAAUUUCCAACCCCUAGCAUCUAUGGUUGCCAAAAGGAUACGUGAUAUAUCUGUUAGAGCACCGCGCAAAUUAAUUCAUAUCUUUCAUAUUCUUCAAGCGCUGAACACUCGUUUCUCAUCUGAUCUUCCGUGUUCAUCGCCAACAUUUGUUGAAGAAUAUUUCACCUGUCCGUGUAAAUGUACCAGUUGUGGUGUAAGGUGUUGUUUAAGUGUAAAUCACACAUCGAAUAAUGUGGCUCAUAAAGCGGAAUGCUUAGAUUCUAGUGGUGUCAAUACAACACCUUGUCGAUAUGAUCCAGCACUACAGAACAAAUUAUAUUUCUGCAAACUGUGUUAUGCUUAUGGUCAGAGGACCAUGAUGGUUCCCAAAAGUGGCGAGUCAAAUGCUAAUGCACUUUCAGCUGUUGUAAAAUACCUGUGGGCUGGUUAUGUUUUGGAAUGUCCUAGACAUGGUACUAUCUACCGUAGUCGAGGUUAUUGGUCUGGUAAUGUAGAACCUGAAAUGAAUCCUCAAGUGCACUGGGAAAUUGUGCAUGUUUGGCAAGGGGAGAAGUCAAUACUUUCGGGUACUCAUCCAGUUAGUCAGUUAUUAUUAGAUGGACUAACUGUUGUCUCUAGUCAGGUGAGCCAGUUAGCUGGUCCUCCAGCACGUCGACUUGGUGAUCUUAUUGCUGACAGUGUAGCUCCUCGAUACUGGCAACCUAAUGCUAGCAUCAAAGCUUGUGCAGUAUGUAAAGUUGAAUUUCCAAGUUCAUCAGAUGACUCUGUUUGUACGAGUAAUUCACUUACACGAGACAGAUCAUCUAGUGAGAAAAAUCAAACCUUAACAUCUAUGGAUGAUGGUUAUCAGAAAGAUAGAACAUCUAGUCAUCAAACUAAUUCACUUCAACGGUCUUCAUCAUGUGCUGAAUCAUUGAACAGAGAAUCCAGUUCUCCAAAAACACUCAGAUCUUUUGUUGAUGAUUUUUCUAAACAUCAUUGUCGUGCAUGUGGAAGAGGUGUUUGUGCUAGGUGUUCCACUGGCCGUAUGCCUGUUCCUGAUCAAGGAUAUGGUAACGAAGGUGUACGUGUUUGUGAUCAGUGCUAUGAAGCUCGACUGCGUAAUAAAUCAUCUGCUGAUUCAAACAACCGUUUGUCUGGCAUCAAUUAUAAUUCUCAAAUAAACAGUACUUCUUUGACUGGCCGUAAAGUCAUUGAAAUGUUGUCUGCUACUGCUGAUUAUAUAGCGCCAAUAUACACCGGACCGAAAGAACUGGUCAAAUCUCUUGCCCGACCUGAUUACUGGCAACCCGAUGAACUGUGCACAGCAUGCUAUGUUUGUUGUGCUCCUUUUGGCUCUCGUCGUAGUAUUCAUCAUUGCCGUUCAUGUGGUCAAGGUGUUUGUGGAUUAUGCUCUCGACAUUAUCAACCUGUGCCGAAAAGAGGCCUUGACUUUCCUACACGUGUAUGUGAUCGAUGUUACGAACCAGAUUUAAAACAUUCCACUGUCAGUGAUCCUCGAAGUUUGCAGUACAAUAAUCCAGUGCAAACUCAGCAAAUAAUACAACAACAACAGAAGCCGAGCAUUAUUCAACCUCUUCAAUAUAAUAAAUAUCAGCCUGCUUUCAAUCCUUCGGUAAAAAAAGAUCCACAAAAUUAACUUUCUAUAAAUAGUUAAUCAUUUUUGAAUGUAAAAUUGCCUUGUGUAUUCAGUAUUCUAGUUUGAGGAUUUCUCCCUUACUGCAUUCACACUGGGGAAGAUACAUGCAUACAAUAUACAUAUAUAUAUACACAAACACUCAUGGUCCUUUCGUUAAAUCUAUACAAAUGGUACUUUUGGGAUAAGGUCUGUUGAAGGGAUAUUAUUCAUAUAAUGUUGCCAACGGUGGAUACAGAUAUAUAGAGAGAGGGAGAGAGAUUCAUAAUUGGAAAAGUAAACUGUGAUCAGUUUUAUCUUCAUACAACUAUUUAUUAUUUUAUUAUUAUUAUUAUUAUUUUGUUGACUUGAUUCAUAGCGUCGUCGUCGCUGUCGUCUUCGUAUAUUAUUAACUUUUCUCUUUUUAUAUCUGUUAUAUCAAUGUUGUCUCGUGUGUGUGAGUGUGAUGCACACAUACAUUGUCAUUGCUUUUGACUUUUGCUUUACAAUAAGAUAGAUGUAUACAAUUUCACUGUUUUUAUUACUAUUAUUAUCAUUAUUAUUACUUUCAUUUCACUAACUUAUUUAUCCGACAUUCAGUGUGUGUAUGUUGCAUAGUUAAUUAAACUAACUGCAUAAGAUUUUUAUUUUCUAUUUUUUACACAAUUUCUGAUUGUUAUUUAUUUUUUCCCUUUUUGCUGAAAUAAGCAAGCGUGUCUUUCUUUUGCGUGCGUUAGCCAUGCCGCGAUAUGUACAUUAUAACGAUGAUGAUGAUGAUAAUGGUGAUUGUGUUGAGAAUUUCUAUAGUCUAAUCUCUUUAUCUGUUUGUUUGUUUGUUCGUUUUAUUUUGUUUUCGUUGUUGUGGUUGCUUUUUUUCUGCAAAUUUGAAUGAAUCACACUUAUUUUAUGCCUUCAGCUCUGACAAUGCCAUAUAUGUACACAAAAUAUUAAUCAUCUAUCUCAUCAGUUCAUAAAUAAAUAAAUAAAUAAUAUUGUCAUAAUAAUAAUAAAAGACUAAUUUGAAGAAUUCGUUAAUUUUGCCAGAAAAAGAUGGUCUACGAAGUGGAUCAUCCUUCUUUUGGUUUGGUUUUACCUCCUAUUACUAUUAUUACAUUAUUAUUAUUAUUAUUAUUAUUUGUAUUUUUCAGAAAAUUGAAUAUUUGUAAUCAAGAUAAAAAAAAUGUUUUUUUUCUGUGAUUAAACACACACAGCAUAGUUUAUUCAUUCAUUCAUCAUUUUAUGUAUUUUCACUUCUGACUAUUAUUGUUAUUAUUAUCACCAGGACGAAUAAUGCUAAUAUAUAACUGUCUAUUUUUAUUACUAGUGGUAUUAUUGCUAAUGCUACUAUUAAUAAUAUUGAUAAUCACUGUCAUCAUCAACAUCCUCAUCGGUCAUCAUCACGUUUAUUCAGUAAUUUUAUACAUAUAUACAUUUAUAUAUACAUACUUUACAUUUACCUCUUUCUCUGUUGUUCUGCAUUGUUUAAUAUACAACAGGGGAAAAAAAAUUUACCAUGUAUGUACACACUAAAAUUAUUGUUUAUCUCAUUCUUUCUUUCUAAUGUAAAUUUCUUAAUGAAAAAAAUAAGGUAAAGAUAAUUCAGUCAUCAAGAAACUAACUUCUUUUUACUCUCUACAUUAUUAUUGCUUGGAUAGGGAUAACAGGGUAGAAUAAUUUAUCUUAUGUAUAUAGGUGCGUCGGUGGCAUAGCGGUUAGAAC